AGUGAGGCAACCCUCAACCGUAACGCAUGCGCUUGUAGCCUUCGAGUCCUCGACGUACCUCUUGUGAAACUAUCCUCUCGCCUGCUGUGCUGUACUGUAGAUGCAGUAUGCUCGCAAAGACUGUGUGCAAAAAUUGAUACGCACCCGAUAUGCGCUCCGGAACAAGGCUUCGCUGAACAGGGCGACCGUGCUGUCCCGGCCGUUCUUGGGCCAGUACUCUGCAUACUCGACGAACUCGGACGACUCAGGCAAACUCAACUUCCAAACCGGUCAAACCAAGCGGGAGGGCAAUGAUCAUAGCUCUGCAUACAUGGAGGGGCCUAGGCUAGGGGGACGCACGACGGCGAAGAUACAGGAUGUUGAAAAGGAAUUCACGGAAGAGAUUGAGAAGAUUCUGUCGGAUGUGCUCGAUCGCCAGCAGGACGGUGCUGUUCCCGAGCCUCCUGCUACUCCUCCUCCCUCCUCCCAUCUUGAUCCUCCACCGCGCACGAGGGCACCACCCCUCAACCGCAAGGACGCCCGACUGGUAGAAUCCUUAGCGUCAGGUCUACUCGGAGAGUCCUCGUCCAGUCAAUCAGGAGGCGAGAGGGAUCCACGGUCGUUCACAGUAACGGACGCGCUCCCGCCCCUUCCGGAUGUACUAUCUGAAUCGCGGGAGAUUCUCACCGACGAGCUGAUCCAGAUGUAUCUGGACCCGUUAUACAGUCGAGGAUGGCAUGUCAAUACCAAGCAUCACCGCAACGGCAGCCAGAACGUUCUGACGAAGGUGGGAUCGUUCAAGCACGAGGUACUGGUGAGCAAGUUUGUGAUGGAGGUGCUGAGCGCCUGCCAUCGAGAAUCGACUGACGCGAAGUAUACUGUCACCUGCGAAGGGCCCAAAGUCAUAUUCACGACGUAUACACCGCUUGCCACGGUCCCAAGCGAUGUAGCCGGAUCUCAGGCGCUGAAGCCUCGUUCUAGCAUCACGCUCCGAGACGUUCGGCUGGCUCUCACCAUCGAGCUACUGUGGGGGCUGGAAGACAGAUUGGGUUCUACGACGCAGGUUCCUUCGCAGCCCGGGUACGACCCAAAGUUUUACCCGUCCACACUCAUUGGCUCUUUGCCCACUCCACCAUCGUCCUUGGAGUCGGGUGCAACGCCUGAAAAACAGACAAGUCCGCCACGAGUGAAGUGUUUCCGCUGUAGAGGCCAUCACCACGUCCGCGACUGCCCGGAGGCUAAGAAUCUCACCACUGUAACCUGUCUAGUCUGCAAGGGAUUCCACCACGUCAACAACUGUCCCCAACGGAAGACGACCAAGCCACCGAGCCCAUGCCAGAAAUGCGAUAGCCCAGACCACUGGGCCGUCGAUUGUACCGGCGGGAAACCCGCCGAUGCGAACGGCCACGUCUUCCUCGCGCAUCGGCGAUGCUACAUCUGCGGGAGCCUACAGCAUGCCGCACGCGCGUGUCUCGUACGCGCGACCCGGGCGCCCCCGUAUCCGUGCAUGUUGUGCAAGCAGCCGCAUUGGGUCUAUGACUGCCCCGAGCUGGAGAACCACCCGAAUUUCAAGAUCAGGGAUUGCUCCUAUUGUGGCGGUCUACAUUUUGCAAGUCACUGUCCGAAAGUCAAGAAGAAGGUCCAGACAGCGAAGAGGCCUGCGCAGUCAUGAUGUGGCGUCGGGUGUGUCGACUGCAGAACGUGCUGGGUCGCGAUAUACACACGUCUUACCUCGUGAGGCCCUAGUGUCCUUUCAUGCUCUCACUCAAGUCUGACCUUCGCGACCAUUUACGAUGAUCGACG